AUGUUGAAGAACCCAGUGACCACAACUCUGUUGUACUUGGACCACAAAUAUGGUGGAAGAGAUUACAAAAACAACACCACCCACAUCAACGAAAUCAACCCUAACAACCCCACCACCACCACUCACAACAAUCACAACAACAACAACUGCAACAACAGCAACUGCUGUGGUUGUUAUCUUGAGAAUAAUUGUCAAAAUGACCCAACUUGCCAUCCCCCACAAUUGGUUCUGCUAAAGGGACCUAGAUUGAAGACUUUAAAUCAAUCCUCUGAUGGUGCUGAUCUUGACAACCAUCACACAGUCAUGGGCCAGAAAUCAUGCAGCGUGAACAUCUACCACCAAAUUUCAAUCUAUGGUAUUUGUUUAACUUGGUCCAUCAAAUCAACAACACAAGACAACAAUCCACAAGGAUUUGACACAUCAGAUGGCCAAGGUUUGGGAAAUCAUGUCCAAGUCUACUGCUAUUGUGAAAAGAAGAACCUGCAGAGCUACAAGCACAACUUUUGA